AUGGAAUCGGAGAAGCUCUUCCGCUCGCGAGUCGAUGUCGCUGCUGAACUGCGUGAGGUCGACAAGGCUCUGGCAGAGCUGACUGCGCGAAAGGGGCAUCUCGAGUCGCGCUUGUCCUCCAUCGGUGUCCGCGAGGCCGAGCUCAAGACCUCGGUUGCAGCCCUGGAUGCCAAGCUCAAGUCGAUCGGCGAUGUCUCGGAGGGCUUCGAGCAUCGGGUCAAGUCGAUCAAGGGCGCGCCGGUGGCGGGCGACGAUCCGCUGGCUUCGCCACCUGGGCGGAGUGGCGGCGCAGUGUUUGCGCGCGCGUCGUCAGCCGAGCCGACGCCCGGCGUCUCGUCGUAUGAUGCCGAGACGGGCACCUUGCGGGUGCUGUCGCCGCUGGGCCUGGCGCGCGACGGGCGGGCAACCAGCGGCAUCGACAUGUGCACGCGGACGUUCUACGGGCACUCGGCGUCUGUGGCGGCAGUGUGCUACGAGCCUGUGCGCGGCAAAGUGUUCUCGGGCUCAUCGGACGCAACGGUUCGGAUGUGGAACAUCGACUCGGGCGUGUGCGAGCGGUCGUUUCUCGGGCACACGGGAUGGGUGCGGGCACUGCAGGCUUCGGGCGAGGUGGUGGUUUCGGGCUCGGGCGACAAGACGGUGCGGGUGUUUGAGCUGACAACAGGCGUGCAGAAGCUGCUCCUCGCCGGGCACAACGGCUCGGUCUCGUCGCUCCAGUUUGAGGGCUCAACGCUGGUCACGGGUUCGCUUGACAAGACGGCGCGGGUGUGGGACAUGGAAGCUGGGGCCGAGGUGCUUGCGCUUCGUGGCCACGACUCGUACAUUGCCGAUCUCCAGUUCUGGCAGUACGGGCUGGCGACAGCGUCAGGCGACGCCACCAUCAAGUUCUGGGACAUCCGAACUGGCGAGUGCCACCGGACGCUGACCGGGCACGCCGGCGGAGUGCUUACGCUCGGCUUUGAUGCCUCGUAUUUGUACACGGGCGGGACGGAUAAGGUGCUUGCGGCGUGGGAUCUGCGGAUGGGGUCGAUGGCGGCUUCUGUGGCGCUGCCGGGCGGGGUGCAGAGCCUAGCGUUUGCCGGGCAGACGCUUGUGGCUGCAGCCGGCUCGCCAGUCGUCCAUGUCUUUGACCGCGAGUCGUUGACUGAGACGGGGCUGCUCCGCGGGCAUGUGAACACGGUCAAGUCGCUGCACAUGGGAGCAGGCGGGCUUGUGGUGUCUGGCGGGGCCGACGCCAACGUCAAGACCUGGCAGGUGUGACCAGGCAGGUGACGGCAUUUACUCGUUCUUGCCACGGCGGGCCUUGCGCUGCGGGCGGCGGCGGGCAACCUUGGGCUUGGCAAAGGUAACCUUCUCCUCCUUGGCCGGGGGUGGAUGGUGGUGUGGAUAAAUUCGGCGUCGAUGUCGGCGGCCUCAGAGA